GAUGAGUGCAUUGCCGAUGAUUUAACAGAGCAAAUGUCCUGUAAAGUUCAAGAAUGCCCUGUAAACGGAGGUCCUGGUUCUUGGACAGCAUGGGAACAAUGUUCUACCACGUGUGGAGUUGGAGAGAAAAUCCGUACCAGGGAAUGCAAUAACCCUGCUCCAGCUUACGGUGGUGAUGAGUGCAUUGCCGAUGAUUUAACAGAGCAAAUGUCCUGUAAAGUUCAAGAAUGCCCUGUAAACGGAGGUCCUGGUUCUUGGACAGCAUGGGAACAAUGUUCUACCACGUGUGGAGUUGGAGAGAAAAUCCGCACCAGGG